AUGAAUGAGUGGAUGGGCCCCGACAUCAAUGUGGUGGGACCACUGCAGCUCCCACCCAACGAUGAAUUCUCCAUCUUAGAGAGUUCCCACUUUUAUGAUAUCCUCACAGAUCAAGGCAGCCCUCUCCUGCAGGAUCCCGACAUCUUACCCUUCACCAGCUAUCCCAGCAUGCAGUACCAAUUCAUGGAGCCAACAGUGUCUUCCACUCCAUACUAUUCCACUCAGAACUACUACCCACAGUAUAAUGGAGACGAAUGGUACUCACACACAGGGAUAUAUGAACUGAGGAAAGGACCCCUCGAGGGCAGCUAUGAGGCGGAGAUGGAGGAGGGCUCCUCUGUUGUGCCGGCUGUGUGCAAGAGAAGCCGGCACCUGUCACAAGCUGGAAGGGUUAAAGGGGAGGAACUGUGUGUUGUAUGUGGAGACAAGGCCUCUGGAUACCACUAUAAUGCUCUCACUUGUGAGGGAUGUAAAGGUUUCUUCAGACGGAGCAUCACGAAAAACGCUGUGUACAAAUGCAAGAGUGGUGGAAACUGUGAGAUGGACAUGUACAUGCGCCGGAAAUGCCAGGAGUGCCGGCUGAGAAAGUGCAAGGAGAUGGGCAUGCUGGCAGAAUGCCUGCUGACAGAGAUCCAGUGUAAAUCUAAAAGGCUGCGGAAGAACACCAAGGCCUCCCCAGGACAGUCGACUGGGGAUGAGACGGAGGGGCCAGAGAAUGUCGACAACAAGCAGGUCACCUCCACCACCAGACUGUCAAAGGAAAAAGUUGAACUCACCAAAGAGCAGCAGGCACUCAUGAAACUCAUCGUGGAUGCUUACAACAAACAUCAGAUUCCUCAAGAUUUUGCUAAAAAGCUGCUACAAGAACAGUACAGUGCAGACGAAAACUUUCUCCUACUGACAGAAGUGGCAACAAGUCAAGUUCAAGUUUUGGUGGAGUUUACAAAAAGUAUUCCAGGGUUUCUGUCUCUGGAUCACGAAGAUCAGAUUGCUCUGCUGAAGGGUUCAGCUGUGGAAGCCACAUAUCUGCGCUCAGCUCAGGUUUUCAGUAAAAAGAUGCCCACUGGAUACGCGCAACUUUUAGAGGAGAGGAUACGGAAGAGUGGUAUAUCACAGGACUUCAUUACACCCAUGUUCAACUUUUACAAAAGCAUCUGCGAACUCCACAUGGCACAGGAGGAACAGGCUCUCCUUACUGCCGUAACCAUCCUGACACCAGAUCGGCCUUAUGUCAAAGAUCAGCAGGCUGUUGAGAGACUUCAGGAGCCCAUGCUGGAUGUGCUGAGGAAGCUGUGCGCCCUGCAGCAUCCGCAGGAACCGCAGUACUUUGCUCGUCUCCUGGGCCGUCUGACAGAGCUGAGAACGCUCAACCACUUCCACGCGGAGAUGCUCACAUCCUGGAGAACGAACGACCACAAAUUUACCCCGCUGCUCUGUGAGAUCUGGGAUGUGCAGUGA